AUGUCGACCUCCACCAACAACAGUGCAGGUAUCGUACCUUUGGCACCAGUCGCCAUGAGUGAUGCCGAAGACCUGUCGGCGGAUACACUCCGAUCGAAAGGCAAUGACCUCUAUCGCACAGGCAGGUUGUCAGAAGCGAUUCCGUACUACCAGAGAGCUGCUGAAGUCGGCUGUACUGACAGCAGGCCGUAUUCGAACCUAGCAGCGGCUCAAUUCGAGCUCGGCGACUACAAAGCUUCACUUGUCUCAAGCGCAUCUGCUUUGGCGCUUCUGCCUACUGCUCAUCCUGGAAAUGAGGUAAAGAGGCAAAAGCAGAUGCUGCGUCGUGCUAAGUGUCAUCUACAUCUCAAGAACCAUGAAGCGGCACUAGAGUCAAUAGCGUUGCUCUCGCCGUGUGCAGAGACGGUUGAUCUGGAGGGAGUGGCUAGAUCAUAUCAGCAUGCUCAAAAGCAGACUGGCGAUGGUAUCGCUGCUUGGGAGAAGAUAUGUCUGGAUGUCCCGCGAUACAAGCCAACGCUGCUGAACGAAGCGGAGUAUUUUCCCAUUGGUCAUGAGGAGCCAACGUCCCUGUACGAUGCUUCUAUGCUCUCUGAAGAACGUGAGAGCCUCUCUUUCUUCUUCUUCGGCGGCAUCGGGGACGCAAGGCACCUCUAUCAGACUCUGGUCGAGCUCGGCGAAGAGACCCGAAGCUCGAAGAGUCGUAUCAAGGAGGUACAUUGCACGAUCGUUGACAUCAAGGCCAGCAGUAUUGCACGCAAUGUCGUGAUCAUGCUACUGCUUGAUGAAGCUACAUCCUUGGUCGAUGAUCGGGAGUUACUGAAGAUGAGCGCGCUGUUGCCUUGCCUUUUCUACACUUAUCUCUGCGAAUUGAUUCCUACACACUUGUAUGGAAUGCUACAGCAGCGCAUCAAACGAGCCAUCAAGAUCUUACGCGGACGGGCUGCAUUCCCGUCCUGA